CGCAGUAAUAGCAAUAUUUUAGGCUUAAAGUUUGUGUUUGUACUCAAACACGGAAAAAGAAGUGUUGACUUGGUAACGUUAGCUACGUCUCGUCGCUGACAGCAGAACAGUGGAGACUGUUUGAGACUGGACAACAUGAAAUAACUUCAGAAAACUUGAAAGCUGUCAAAGUUUGUCAAAUGGAUAGCCUAUAGGUAUUGUGCUGGAAAACAUUACCGUAAAGUACGUUUUUUAGCUGUUUAACAAGACACACUUGUAAAAGGUUUAUCCGCUGAUAAUGUCAGCAUCACCAGCUGCAGCCUGCUCAUCCCAGCAGCGGGUUAAACGCAGCGGCUCCCCAACGACCCCCGGCUCUUCCUGUAGCAACAACGCCACCGCGGUCCGGUUGCAGCCGCCCAUCCGCGCCACGGUGCCGUACCAGCUCUUGCGUGGAAGUCAGCACAGCCCAACCCGCUCCGCUUCCUGCUCCCUGUCAGUAGCCGGGAGCAGAACAGGACCGACGACGUCCCGUUGCUCCUCCAGUCCCGCCAACCCGGGUGGAAGCAGCUCGGACGGCAGGCUGGUCCCCAGGCAGAGACUCUCACCACCGGACAGCAGGAGCUCGCCAGAACGUCCCCCCCACUCGCCUGUCUCCAGAGUUGAAAGGACAAAAUCCCAGCAGGUGCGGAGCUCAGGAACUAUUUGGCGAACCUGCUCCCUGGGCGCUAUCACUGGACCCUACCUCACUGGGCAGUGGCCUCGUGACCCCCAUGUGCAACACCCACCUUGUAUGAAAGAUAAAUCCACACAGACUCCUGGAUGUUGGAGUGAGGAGACGAGGGAGAAGAGGAGCACCCACCAGCGCUCUGCGUCCUGGGGCAGCACCGACCAGCUCAAAGAGAUCGCAAAGCUCAGGCAUCAGCUCCAGCGCAGUAAACAAGGAGGACGCCACAGUAAAGACAAGGACCGACUGUCCCCCCUGCAGUGCAGCCCCAUCACCUACACCACCCUCACCAGCACUACAAACCACACCUCCACAGCCGGCCACACGCAGCAGUUUUCCAUGUCGAAGUCAGCCCAGAUGCCGCUGUCCAGCAUCACAGUGCCAAAGCCCUCCAUCUCCAGGGUGCCCAGCAGCAUGGAGGGCAUCAACCAUGAGCUGGAGAAGGUCUUCAUCAAAGAUAACGGGGAGAAAGAGGAGCUCAAGUCCCUGGAGGUUCCUGACGGGCGGCGGGCACCCUUCCCUCCCCAGCAGCGCAGCAGCAGCACCCGCAGCGUGGACACCCAGACCCCCUCGGCCCCCGGCCGCUCCAGCAGCUGCUCCAGCCUGUCGCCCUGCCCCUCGCCUGCCUGCCCGCCUGGGUCACAUGAAGGCAGUCCUUACUCCACAGAGGACCUGCUCUAUGACCGGGACAAAGACAGUGGGAGCAGCUCUCCGCUGCCUAAGUUCGCCUCCUCGCCCAAACCCAACAACAGUUACAUGUUCAAGCGGGAGCCGCCAGAGGGCUGUGAGAAGAUUAAAGCUUUUGAAGAAAUGAGCUCCAGGCAGUCCACAUCGGCCCCACUCUUUUCCUGCCCCGACAAAAACAAGGUCAACUUCAUCCCGACGGGCUCAGCGUUCUGCCCCGUCAAGCUGCCCGGCUCCCUGCAUCUCACACCAGCCUCGGAGCCCGAGGAGGACGAGCGGCUGCCGGCUCGGACCCCGGGGGCCGCGUCGCUCCACGGAGCCCCCGCUCAGGUCUCCGCGAGCACCAGCACAGACGACCCCCGGAGGAGCCCGGCUCGCCCUCAGAGACUGCAGACCCCCAGACAGACAGCCCGGCCAUCAGCUAGACCGGAGCGGAGCUGGCCUCUGCCCUCCGGAACCACCCACCAACAUGACCACCGCCCGUCACCACUGACUGUCCCACCCACCAACACCUCUCCCCCUCUGCUCUGCCAGGGGGAGCCUCCGUCUCUCUGUGCUGACCCCCCCUCCACCCUCCUUCUAUCUCUGCAUGACGUAGCAACAAUGUCCAGAAUAAAACCACCGCCGCCACCACGAAGAACCACCGCCUUACUGUCGCGUCCUGCAUCAUGUCUGAGCUGAGGGUCGAAGGUGAUGGUCUGCAGGCAUCAGAGGGAAGAAACGGAGCAAAUGGAUGGGGGGAGGGGCAUGCAUUUUAAACUGGUAGUAUAUUUCUGAUUAAAUUAUGUGUUGUGUUCUGUUUCAACAUUCACAGUAUGAAUAAGCUCUCUAAACAUAUACUAUAUACACAUAUAUCUCUAUGAAAAGAAAGAAAAAUGCUUGUUUAAAAAAAAAAAGGAAAAUCCAAAACAGUGUAUUGCUGUGUUUAUGUACCUAACAGAAGAAAAGAAAAAACAGAUGUACUAUUCAGGAUUCUGUUUACACUAUCCAGGUCACAUGUUAAACCCUGUCUAAAAAAAAUGCAAUGAGGAAAUCAUUUGGGCAAAGCAAAAAAAAUGGCCUCAAAUUGGUUCUGGCCCCGCUUCAGGUAUUUCACAAUCAGAGUCUAUACUCAGGUAAUUUGGAAUGUAUGUCCAUACGAAUAUCUGCAGCUUGACGAAGCAGAACAAAUUCACCCUCAUUUAUUCCUGUUCCUUUUUUUUUUUUUUUAUCCCAGACAAAUCAUUUGUUUCUGUUCCAGAGUCCAGUCUGAGACUUGACUGGUGAUAGCCCACUGCAGCGGGUCGAGGUAUGUUAAUAGAGACUGGGAUGACGCAGAGUGUCUGUCUGAUAUUUAAGCCUGCAGACUGUGUUGACGGGGGACCAGAAGUGGACGAAGCUGAAGUGCCGUCCCACGAAGAUACAAUCAAACUGAAGCAGUUAUUUCUUUUGGAGCAGAUUGGAUGUUUAGUUGUGCAAACCUUUCUUCUGAGAUAGAAAAUGAUCUUAUUUGAUGAGUUAAACCUCAUGUUUUCUUAGCCAAAGACGCCGUUUUCUUGUGCAACCCAACCUGACCUUAUCGAGACCAGAGCCGGAGCGAUACUGGAUUCCUGAGGCUUGAAUCAAUAUGUGUGAGUUUAAAAACCAGCAAAAAUAGAUACUGGCCAAUAUUUGGUUUUAAACACCAAAUUCGUUAAUGAGAAUCCUCUGAAGUUGGAUCAUUAAAGAAUUCUGACCAUGAUAAGCACUGAGCAGGACCUUUCCCUUUUGAAAAGUCUCUCUAGUGGUCUAUCAGCAAACAUUUCUUGUGAUGCAAUUAAACAUAAGUUGAAUAAAUUGGACUGACAGAUGCAUUAGGGCUGUAACUUAAAAAAUAGAACAAACAAGUGAUUGACUGGAAAGCAACCCGGUUAUACAGGCCUAAAAACAUCAUACGUAAUCAGAUUCUAAAGUCUCUAUGGACAACACAAGUAACAGUACAUGGGUAAAUAUAAUGUAACACAAGCAGCACAAGUAGAGAUUUAAAAUCAGCAAACGGACUCAGUGAUGUUACAGCUCAAUAUCAAUCUAAUAUUAGUAACAUCUCUUAGUGUAUUAAAAUGACUAAGAGUUUCUUAUAAUUAAUUAAAAUUAUUAAUUUUAAGAGUAGUAAUGGGAAUGGACCAGAACUAAACAAAUUCAACCACCGCCCACGCAUGUGCACUGCCUCCACUACACUUAAAGCUGGGGUAGGCAGUUUUUUUGUUGGGAGGGUCAUUGGGCAGAAAUGCCAUAAUAUCAUUCAGCAUUUUGUAUUUCAAGUGGUCUGAGAGGAAACUCGACUUCUGCAUGGACUUUGGCCAAUCACAGGUCAUUUCAGAGAGAGAGGGUUCCUAUUGGCUGCUCUACAAA